AUGUUCCAUUGUCUAAAUCUACGGUCUGGUUUUGUUCUCCUUCUGUUUUAUUCAUCAAUUCAUGUCGAAGCCUUCGAUCUGCUUCGUCGUCGCCUUGCCAGUAUUCCUCGAACUCCGCUUCAAUCAGGUGACGAUCCCGGCGAGCCGCUCUUUCUUACACCUUAUUUAGAAACCGGUCAAAUCGAUCUAGCUCGUAACUUGAGUCAAGCACAUUUGCAACCAGCUUAUUCUUCUCCAUCCUAUUCUGGCUAUUUAACUGUCAAUAAGACAUGUAACAGUAGCCUCUUCUUUUGGUUCUUUCCUGCUCAAAAUGGUCAUAUUGAUUCACCGUUGCUUGUUUGGUUACAAGGCGGACCUGGUACAUCAUCUCUCUUCGGUCUUUUCUCCGAACAUGGUCCUAUUCAAGUGGACAAAACUGGACAACUUCAUCCGAAUAAUAUCACUUGGAAUUCCAAAUAUCAUCUUCUCUUUAUUGAUCAACCGGUUGGCACUGGUUUUAGUUUUACUGCCGACGAUCAAUGCUAUGUGCAUACUGAAGAUGAAGUAGCACGCGAUCUCUACGCGAUGCUCAUUCAAUUCUUUCAAAUCUAUUACGAAUAUGCUUCGUGUGAUUUUUAUGCUACUGGUGAGUCCUAUGGUGGCAAAUAUGUACCAGCCAUUGUCUACAAAAUUCAUACAGAAAAUCCUCAAGCCAAAUUGAAAAUCAAUCUAAAAGGAAUGGCCAUUGGUGAUGGUUUGAUUGAUCCUUACAAUCAAUGGGAUUAUGGACCACCAAUGUAUCAAAUGGGUUUAAUUGAUCAAUUACAACUAGAAUAUGUCAAUUUGCUGACAGCACUGGCACGUGAAGCCAUUCUUCAAGGUCAAUAUCGACAAGCUUAUGCUAUUUUUGGUGAUCUUUUCGAUAAUUUCUAUCUGAACAAGACCGGUAUGAUUGAUGCUGACAAUUAUCUUCGCACCGAUUUUCCUGAGGAACUAUUCUACUACAUUCCUUGGGUGAUAGCAAGUGAACAUCGUCGUCAAAUUCAUGUAGGAAAUAUGACAUAUAAUGAUGGUGAAAAAGUACAAAUCGGUCUUCAAGAUGAUGCCAUGCAGUCAAUUGCAAGCAAAGUAGCAGUGAUUGCCAACAAUAAUUAUAAAGUAUUGAUUUACAAUGGAUUAGUUGAUGUCAUUAUUCCCUCAUCAGUAACGAUGAAUUGGCUUGAUAAACUUGAAUGGAACUAUGCCGAUCAAUUGCGUGGUGCUGAACGCAUCGUUUGGAAAGUGAAAGAAGACGAUCGAGAGAAAAAUCGUUGGAAUGCAUCAGAAUUAAACUCGCCUACUCAUAUAACACAAUUUAAUUAUGACAAUCAUUGGAAAGAAAUUGAAAUUCAUCUUAACCGAUCACCUGGUGUUAAUUGGGGAUUCUUGAUUGCUGGUGGAACUGAUGUUUCUCAUACAACUGGUUCUCGAGCUAUUGUUGUUACACGUAUUACUGAAAAUGGUCUUGCUGAUCGUGAUCAACAAUUAAAACUUUACGAUAUUAUUUUACGUGUUAAUAAUAUCGAUUUUACUAAUAUUGAACAGCAAGUAGCUGUUGAUAGACUUAAAGCAGCUGGUAAUCAUGUUAAUUUAUUAAUUCGUCGAUUAUUACCACCUAUUUUGAACGAAAUUUGUGUAGAUAAACCACUAAAUGCAUAUUUAGGUUUGAUUGUUGCUGGUGGCAUUGAUUGUGAACAUGUUAAAGGAGAUUGCGGAAUAUUUAUUACAAAUAUCACUCCUGGGGGAUUUGCUAAUACAAAUGGACGAUUUAAAAUUGGUGAUCGUGUUAUGCGUGUACAAUCAUCAAAAAAUAGUUAUGAUUUAACAUAUGUUGACCAACAAUAUGCUGUUGAAUCAAUUCGACUUGCAUGCAGUGAAAGUCAAACAAUAACUUUAUUAGUUGCCCAUCCAACAGAUUAUUCAGUUAAAGCGAUGAGCAGUAGCCAAAAUGAUUGUAUUCAGAAAGCAAUUCAAAGUGCCGAACAAGCCGUAUUUGAAGAUAAUGCGCAUAAUUACAAAGUCGCUACACAACAUUACUUGACCGCAGCAGAUUGGCUUAAGCAGGCAAUGAAAUAUGGUAACAUGAAUACCCAAAUGAAACAAACGAUACGACCAAAAAUAGAAAGUUAUAUAAAACGAGCGGAAGAAAUUGAAGAGAUUUUGAAGAAUGGUCUAGCUAAAAAGGUACCUGUUGCUGAUACUAGUAAUGAGCGUAGAAAUGUGAAACAUAAUAAAGAAAAUGAUGAUAAUGGUGACAACAAUAGAAAACAUAUGAUGCAAAAAUUUGAAAAGGCUAUUUUUACUGAUCUGAAAGUAACAUUUGAUGAUGUCAUCGGAUUAAAACAAGCUAAAGAAAUAUUGAAAGAGGCUAUAAUUUUACCAGUUAAAUUUCCACACCUCUUUCAAGGUACACGUAAGCCAUGGACUAGUAUUUUACUCUAUGGACCUUCUGGUACUGGUAAAUCAUAUUUAGCUAAAGCUAUUGCCACUGAAUGUGAGAAUACAUUUAUUUCGGUGAAUUCAUCGGAUCUUCUGUCGAAGUGGUUCGGUGAAAGUGAAAGAAAUGUGAAAAAUUUAUUUGAACUUGCUCGUGAACAAAAACCAUGUAUCAUAUUUAUUGAUCAUAUUGAUGCAUUAUGUGGACAAUAUAAUGAUAUAGAAUCUGAAUCAUCACGACGUGUCAAAACUGAAUUUCUUGUUCAACUACGAAGUGUUGGAGCAGAUAAUUCAGGUGUUCUUGUACUUGCUGCGACCAAUAUACCGUGGGUAUUGGAUAGAGCUAUUCUACGAAGUUUUGAAAAACGAAUCUAUACUCCAUUACCUGAUGUAAAUGAAAGAGCAGCAAUGUUUAAAACACAUUUGAGUGUUAAUAAUUAUCAUACAAUACAAAAUCAUCAAUGGAUGCAAUUAGCACAAAAAGCUGAACAGCAAGUUUUCUAUUCUGGUGCUGAUAUCGAUGCUGUUUGUCAAGAAGCUUUACUAAUAUUCAUUCGACGACUAGAUUCAGCAACUCAUUUCAAAAGAGUGCAAAAUCCAAACGAUUAUGGUCCUCGGCAACUUUGGAUUGUUUGUUCACCUGAAGAUCCAGCUGCUCAAAAGCUUACAUUGGAUAAAAUAAAAUUUGAUGAAUUAUACGAAUCACCAGUGACCAUGAAGGAUAUGGAAACUGCUCUUGUCACACAAAAACCAACAGUAAACAAAUUUGACUUAUUAGCACUAAAUAAGUUUAUUCAAAAUUUUGGUUGA